AAUAUUUACGUAAUUCUGACCGGCAAUUGCGUAUCCCUCUGCCUUGGAAUAGUGCUGCCAGUCAUAAUAACUUUCAUUACAACUCGAAACUGGGAUGAAAAGAUGCAAAACCCAGAUGUCUAUUGGGAUGCAGCAAGGGACAUCGACAAUCCACUAAAGCCCUGGCCUGAACUUUACGCCGAAGAACUUCGUCUCAUAAACCCUGAACGCCUUGACGAUGGCCGUCCCUGCCUCUACGACGUUAAACGAGCUUUUCGUGGCACUAUGCAUGCCGCUGUUUUCAUCAGUGUAGUCUUGACCUUCGUUUUUGUCGUGCUCUGGCCAUCAAUUGCCUGUGGCUUGGGGGUCAUGAAUUAUGAAGAGUUCCUCGCAUGGACGCUAAUCAUGGAGAUUUGGUUGAUUUGUGCAACUAUGGCUGCGUUUUUUGUGCCCUUGAUCAGUGAACUUUAUAGAAUGAGAAAAGCAAUACUCAAAAAUCGGAUAAAUAAAUUGUUGGACAAGCAUGAAUCGGGAAAGUCGGAAGAAAUAGAGUAG